AGGACCUGCUGUAUAAAGGGUCGGACAACGCCCUGCAUUCUCAUCCGUGGAGUCGGACGUUAUCCCUGGGGAUCCCAUCGCAGCCCGGAGUCACGCCGCAGCGUUUCUGAUCUUCCGUCAUGGCCAAUGGAAUGGUUGCCAGUAACUUGGAACUCCAACCUGGAUCUUGUGUAAAAAUAGUGGGAGAUAUACCGCCUGAUGCCAAGUGCUUUAGGUUGAACCUGGGCAAGGAUGAACUUAACCUUGCCUUGCACUUCAAUCCACGCUUCAACGCCUGUGAUGAUACCAACACUGUUGUCUGCAACUCCAGGCAGGAAGGCUCAUGGGGCGCAGAACAAAGGGAGAGUAACUUCCCCUUUCUGCCGGGAACCACGGCGGAGGUUUGCAUGCUUUUUGAAACGACUCACUUUACUGUGAAGAUGCCUGAUGGCUCUCAGAUCAGUUUCCCCAAUCGGCUGAACUUAGAAACAAUCAACUUUUUGCAAGUCAGUGGUGACUUCAAGCUCAAAUCAGUGACCUUCGAAUGAAUCCUCCAAUCAAGUCAGCUUCAGACCCCAUUCUUGACUCUUGGGGCUCUCUAAUACCAAUAAAAGUGCUGAUGAUGAUAACA